GGCGCUGGGGUCUGGGGGCACUGCUCAGCGGUGCUAGGCUGGCGCGGCUUGAGCCGCCGCCGCACUGACAGCUCGGUCUGCGGACCAUGGAGACCGGCGCCGGUCCACACCCGCUGCGCUUGUUCCUCUGCCGGAUGCCGCUCUGUCUCGUGCUGCUUUUGGGACCCUGGCGGCCUGGGACCGCCGAGGAAGUCAUCCUCCUGGAUUCCAAAGCCUCCCAGGCCGAGCUGGGCUGGACUGCACUGCCGAGUAAUGGGUGGGAGGAGAUCAGCGGUGUGGAUGAACACGACCGUCCCAUCCGCACAUACCAAGUGUGCAAUGUGCUGGAGCCCAACCAAGACAACUGGCUGCAGACUGGCUGGAUCAGCCGCGGCCGCGGGCAGCGCAUCUUUGUGGAGCUGCAGUUCACACUCCGUGACUGCAGCAGCAUCCCUGGCGCCGCGGGCACCUGCAAGGAGACCUUCAACGUCUACUACCUGGAAACUGAGGCCGACCUGGGCCGCGGGCGUCCCCGCCUAGGCGGCAGCCGGCCCCGCAAAAUCGACACGAUCGCGGCGGACGAGAGUUUCACGCAGGGCGACCUGGGUGAGCGCAAGAUGAAGCUGAACACAGAGGUGCGCGAGAUUGGCCCACUCAGCCGGCGGGGUUUCCACCUGGCCUUUCAGGACGUGGGCGCCUGCGUGGCGCUUGUCUCCGUACGCGUCUACUACAAGCAGUGCCGUGCCACUGUGCGGGGCCUGGCCGCGUUCCCAGCCACCGCAGCCGAGAGUGCCUUCUCCACACUGGUGGAAGUGGCCGGAACGUGCGUGGCGCACUCGGAAGGGGAGCCUGGCAGCCCCCCACGCAUGCACUGCGGCGCUGACGGCGAGUGGCUGGUGCCUGUGGGCCGCUGCAGCUGCAGCGCGGGAUUCCAGGAGCGUGGUGACAUCUGCGAAGGUAUCCAGCUGGUUGGGGGCCGUGGGGUGGGAGUGUAG